UGUCGCGAAUGUGUGAUGUAUGGUGGCGCUGCGAGCACUAGCGCUAUAUAGCUAUAGGUAUAUAUAUAGCAUAAUAGCUGCAGCAAUAUGGCCGCUCAUUAUUGACUCGCCAAUUUGGAGGGAAACUCGCUGCAGUAAAUACACGUUUUUUCGAGAUUUCUACAGACUUUACUUGCCAAUUUGGAGGAAAACUCGCUGGAGUAGAUACACGUUUUUUCGAGAGACAAUGCCAUAACUUGGAAGAUCAUCGCACGUGUAUUGUAUACAUGCUAUAUGCAGAUACGCAGUCUUAGUGGCCAUCAGUAUCUAUACAUUCCAACAGGCUAUUAGAAAAACUUUCGCUUUGUGAUGCUGCAUGAAGAUUGUAUGAUCUAGAGGUGAUCUGGAGAGGUAAUCAGCAAACAGCAGGUGUAUAUCAAGGCUUCAGUUUUCAACGUCCAAAGUUCAUUUGUCUGAUCUGGAGAGGUUAUCGUUGUGCAGCAAAUAUCAACAGGUGCUUCAUCAAGGCCUUAGUUUUUGACAUCCAAGUGUAUCAAACAGCAAUUAUUCGGCUAAAAUGCCAAGAAAACGAAAAGGAGUAAUGCCUCAAAGUGAAAAACAAUUAGUACCAUUAGCAAAGCAACAAGCAGCACUCGAUAUUGAUGAUGUUAUUGCUUCAUGCUCUACGUCAGAAAAUAAAGCAACUAUAAGCGAAUUGCCCUCUAUAACAGAUGAAUCCUCCGCAGAGUAUGAUGCCGACUGCUCUAUGGAAAAAUCAGCCAGUAGUUUUGAUGAACAUUUUUUAAAUUUUAAUUAUAAUAUAAGUACAGAAAAUGAAAUCGAUGAAAACGCUGUUGAAAUUGCAAAUGUUGCAGAACAUUGUUUCAGUUUCGGCAAUGAAAAGGUAGACUGCAUUCAAAAUGAAAAUAAUUAUGAGAUAGAUGAUAGUUAUGAUGAUACAUAUAGAUAUAGCGAUAGUGAUGCCGAUAGUAUUCCUGACAAUGAUGACUUAGAAUAUUUACUAGAUAGUUUUCCUGCUACAAAAAAUACAAAUUUUAUAAAUGCCAUUUCGAAUUGGGCAAAAGAAUUUGCUAUACACCAUGAUGCUCUAAAAAAUUUACAGUCUAUACUAAACAAAUUUACUGAUACUGUUUUUCCUAAAGAUCCUCGCACUUUAUUGCAAACACCACAAUCAACAGAUGUUAAAAGUAUGGACAGUGGUGAAUAUUGUCAUGUGGGAUUAAAAUAUGCAGUCAAGAAAAUUGUGCAAAAUCGGAUUGAGAUAGGUCAUGUGUUUGAUACACUGAAUCUAUUUAUUAAUAUUGAUGGUGCGCCAAUAACAGGAAAGUCAUCAUCAAAAAGUAUAUGGCCCAUUUUGUGCAAAGACUACGAUUUCCCAGGGGUGUAUGUCAUUGGCAUGUACUACGGUAAACAAAAACCCGAAAACGCAAAUAACUUUCUCCAGCUUUUUACUUCGGAUGCAACAGAACUAAUCAAUGAUGCGUACGAAUACAAAGAAAAAAUAUAUUAUGUAAAGAUCGAUGGAUUUAUCUGCGAUUCCCCGGCUAAAGCUUUUAUUUUAAACACAAAAUAUCCCAGUGGUUAUGACAGCUGUACAAAAUGUAUUGUAGAAGGUGAUUACUAUAAUGCUGUUUGUUUUCCAUCAGAUAAUGUAAAUCAGUUAAAAGAAUACUGCCAUGUAUUAUUAAGAACAGAUGAGGGCUUUAGGAACCUGGAGUAUUUAGAAAUAUAUCAAAAAGGAUUGACGGUUUUGAAUAAUUUGCCAGGUGUAGGGUUAGUGUCAAAUGUACCAUUAGACGCGAUGCACCUUGUAUAUUUGGGUGCAAUGAGACAAUUGAUCAGGCAUUGGAUUGGAGAUAAGGGACGACAUAAUAAAACGUAUAAACUGUCACAAGCACAGAUUAAUACAAUUUCUGAAAGACUAGUUAAUCUAAGCUAUGUACUACCUACAGAUUUUAAUCGACGUUGUCGAUCUUUAGUAUAUUGGAAAAUAUGAAAAGCAACAGAGUUUCGUCAUUUUCUGUUAUAUUUCGGAGCAGCAAUUUUAAAAGACGUUUUAAAAAAAAAUGUAUACAAUAAUUUUUUAUUAUUGCACACAAGUAUUUCGAUACUUUCAAACAAGAAAUUAUGCCAAGAAGAUGUAAAUAUUAGGUAUGCUGAAGAUUUGUUGAUCCAAUUCAGUAAUAGUUUUCAAAAAAUUUAUGGUUACGAAAGUGUCACAUUUAAUAUACACAAUUUAUUGCAUUUAGCAAAAGAUGUUAAAAAAUAUGGUGAUUUACAAUCAUUCAGCGCCUUCCCUUUUGAAAACUAUAUGUGCUCAUUGAAAAAAUUUAUAAGAAAGGGAGAAAAACCCUUACCGCAAAUUAUGAGAAGACUAACAGAAUAUGAUUCUAUUAUGGACAUUAAAAAUCAAAACAAUGCAGCAAAACGUCAGACUCAUGUCAAAAAAAUACAUUACAGUGGAUUAGUUACUAAUAAUCGGGAUUUCGAAUGUCAAUAUAACAAGUUUUCGUUUGAUUCAUGCGUAAUAAAUGUCGAUGAUAUUAGAAAUAAUUGCGUGAUGCUCACUGACGGCACUAUUGUCAAUGUUGUAAAUAUUUGUAAAAGAAAUGAUAUUUUAUAUUUUAUAGGCAAACGUUGCGUCAAAAGACAAGAUUUGUUUACUUUUUCUGACUUCCGAAGUAACGUUUUAGGCAUUAAUAUUGUUACAGAAUCGGAUGUACUGGAAGAAUGGCGUUCAGAUAUGAUUCAAGCAAAAAUGUUUAAAAUUCCAUCUGCAACAAAUUUUAUAACAUACCCAAUUUUGCAUUCUUUCGUAUAAUUUAAAAACUUUUGUUAGUUAAUCCUGAUUGAAUAUGUAUAAAUAUUUUGAUUUGAUAUGUAAUGCACUCCAAAUCAUCUAGUAUAUGAAAUAAAACUGUAUUAUUCCAAAAUAAUUAAUUUUUUGAAGAUCAUAUAUUCAUAAUUAUUUAGCAAGGAAAAAGCUUUUCGUUAAAUAUAAUAAUAAAAAAUUCUGAUCGCAUAUGAAAUUUGACUGCAUAAGAAAUAUUGGUUUAUUGUUUCGAUAAUAUUUUUAAAAUAUCUGCAAUAUUUCUGUAAAUUAUCAUAUAGCAUGAAUGUAUUACAAAUAUUGUACAAUUAUAUCAAAUGCAUUAUUUACAAGAGUAGAUUAACAACUGCGCUGGUUGCGCUCUCUUAUCCAGACGAGCGAAUAACAGAGCGUCUACCUUGGCUCUACAAAAUUCGGUCAUGAUUUUUUUAUGGGUGGUAUCGUAAAAAAUAAAAAAUUGUAAUAAAUCACGUUGUUCUUCUUAAACACAGUUCGUAUAUAUUUAACGUUCGAUUGCAACAAUUAAUUGCAACGUGCCUUGUCAAAUUUCCGGAGUAUACGUGUUAUAUAAAAAGCAGGAUGUUGAUGCUAUAUAACGAAUUUGAAUUCGAAGCCGAUUUUACUUACUUUUGCAUUUUAAAUGCACUGUUUUUUCUAAAUAUUUUCAUUAGCCAUCUAAUAUAAUAAAUUUUGAAGCGAUUGUAAGGAAAAUAUACAUCGUUGAAAAGAUAUUGCUAAUAAUAUUUCACACGACUCAUAAAAACGUACAAAUACUUUAUAUUCCAAUACUCUAACUAUUUGAUAAUUUUAAUUUGUGAUGCGUUAAAUAUGUUAUGGAAUCGAACAAUUUUUUUUAUCUCUACUUCUCUAUUCUGCAUGUCACUGAAAGCAUUGCAAUAAUAAUACAAUUUUAUGUUUAAAAAUAAACAUGUUCGAAGUUGCUGUUGAAGCUCCUUAGAAUCAAAUGACAUCAUGGACACGCGCGCGCGCGUGUGUGUGAAUGCACGUGGGUUUGCGUGCGUGGAUGUAUGCUUGUUUACCUAUACUGCAAUAUUUUCAGAACUAUUGGUCCAAUUGUAAUAGCAAAUAAGUUAUUUUUUUUAAUUUCUUUGUCCCUAAUCGGAACUGGUAAUCUUUUCCCAAUUUGAUUGAUACGCUUCUGGUUUUAAGAACAUAUAUUAUUAAUUAUUUUUUUACUAGUAAAAAAUACGUAACAAUAAUUUUA